UUUUUCCCCCACAAAUUAAAAAUUAAAAAUAAAUUUAAAAUAAAGGAAUUACAAAAAAGAAAACAACACCAAAAUUCCCCCCAAUUUCCAAUCCCUUCAAAUUUCCCUUCAGCUAGUUCUGCAGAACAGUUGAAGAGAUGGAGGAGUUUUUUGACUGGAAAGCCGGGAUUGGAUGGACAAUUUUUUAGAAGAUAUGGAAGUAAAUUAAGUCCGGAUGUUAAUGGAGAAUAUUUGCCCUCCCUGUGAAGACCCUCCCCCUCCCCCCAACAAACAAAAAAUUGGAGAAACAACAAAUAAUAAUCAAAAAUUAGUUUUAUUAAAGAAACGAAGAAGUCUUUUAAAAGAAGAAAAUGAGAAUAAAAAUUAUGCAGAAUUAUGGGUUCCUAUUGGAAAGUGUAAUACUCGAAGGGAUAGAAUUGUUUGUAUUUUUAAGUGA